GCAACUCCCCACGUUCCCGGCUUCCCGCACUCGCCUAAACUUAGCUCGGUUCUUCGCGAUUCCUAUUGACGCCAUUGGUGAAGGUACUUCAAAUGUUCAUCUUCUAAUUAACUCUAUUCUAGUUCCCUGAAAAUGAAGUUGCUAUCGUUUCCGCCUCGAAAGCCGACCGUUUCUGUUCGGGUAGUAAAGAAAGCAGAGCCGUGAUGAUUUCUCAGUUGGGUCCUCUUCGCCUUAGGUAGGAAAAUAUGGAUGGGAAUUCAAGGAAGCCCAAGAGCCCCGAGCCGAGCCAUGCUGUUAAAGAAGUUGCUGUACUGAGCGAUUUUCCUGAUGAAAUUCUCCAUCACAUCCUGUCCUACCUCGACACCAAAUCUGCAGUUCGAACCAGCCUUCUGGCGAGGAGAUGGAGAUGUUUGUGGAAAGAUGUUGAGGUGCUCAACUUCCUCCCGAAAUCCUUCUGUAGAUUGGCGAGUUUCAGAAAACACGUUUACAGGCUCUUGUCUUUCCACUCCCAUCGUACUCCUGUUCGCAAUGUUACCUUCGACCUAAGUGGCUAUACAUCACAAGAAACACGGGGGCAUGUUACGAAAACAAUUGAACAGGUCAUGAAAUAUGCUGCAUCUCAUGGUGGUGGUGGUCUUGACCAUUUGUCCAUCCUCGGUGAGGACGAGAAUUUGGACUUGAGUCACUUUGCUAAGAACAUCACCGCUGGUAAUCAUGAUGCAUCUCUCAAGACUUUGAAUUUGGAGGACUGCACUCUCUGUUGUGUCCAACUUGAUGACGCGGGCUUCAAAUCCUGUACAACUCUGGGCUUCAAAUUGCUUACAACUCUGGAACUACGUGAAUGUGCUCUGUUACCUUAUUGUCCAGAGUCGCCCUUUGAUUUGAUUGGUGAUCUUCCUUGUUUGAAGUACCUGAAGCUACUCCACUGCUAUGUGUCGCAUCCUGACUGUUGGUUACUGAUAGCAGGACCUCAACUGCUUGAUCUUGAAAUUGAGUUUACAAAUCACUACCGCUUUUAUGAACUGAUUGCUCCAAAGCUCAAAUCUUUACGUCUGUGGGGGGAAUACAUUGAUGAAUAUCUACCCAAGUUGAAUCUCCCUUGCCUGGAUCAUGCAAAUAUCCGCCUCAAGUGGGAACCACAUUGUUGGGAUGAUGAUGCUUUAGCUUUGGAAGAGCAGAGUUCUGCAUUUGUGAAUUACUUGUGCGGUCUGAGUAAUGUGGAAUCUCUCAAGCUAUGUUUGGACAAGGAACAGAGAAGUCAUGAGGAUGGGAAAGAGCACCACUUUCCUCUUAACAGAAUUAAGGCGUUAAUCGAGCAUGAAGCCCCUCCCUUUACUAGAUUGAAGACCUUGAGGAUACAAUGUGCAAACCAACGACGCCCGCCAAAUGUACCGUAUGAAGUAAUUCGGUAUUUUCUCGAAGGCUCUCCUAAUACGGAAGAAAAGUUUGUUAAGUUCGAGAUGCUUGCUGAUCAGAAAGCGCAAUAGUGGUUGUAUACUGUCAAAUGGUGUACCCUAGUUGCAUAUACGGUGCUUUCCAAAGUAGUUUUCUGAUGAACUAAAUACCAAUGAUGAUUUAGCAGCAGUGCCCAAAGUAGUAGUUUCCUCCUUUUGCCGUGGCGAAGAAGAUGCAUAGCUUACUUUGAGCUGUCUAGUCUGGUUUAUUAUUUCUACUUGCUAGUCUCUUUUGCCGUUCCUUUGCAGAUGUAUGUAUGAACUACCAUCUUUUGUUUGAACGACGUGAAGGGUUAUCUUGAAAAUCGUAGGCAUGAAAAUAGCAGUUUAAGGUAUAAUGGAGGUAUGCUAACAAGACUGCAAAAUUAGUAGAUAUAAACACA